GCUAGCUUUUAAAACCUGCUCUCCUUGCACAGUUGGCAUGAGAAAGACUCAUUAGAUGUCAAUCAAAAUAUUGUAAACACAAUUUGUGAGGGUUAUGUGCCAAACUAUUUCUUGGCCCGGUGCAGUGACUCUCUUGCCAAGCAACCAGUGGAGAUUCCAGAAUUAAAACUCCUAGCAUGAACAACGUUCAUUCCUUCCUCACUUCACCGAACAAUGGCACAAAUCCUACGGAAAACCCUGAGGAUGAGAGCCUCGUGAGCAAUGACUUCUCCACGGCCUUGGGCGCCCUCAUCCUCGGCCUGGUUUUCCUCCUGGGUGUCCCUGGCAACCUCUUCAUCAUCUGGAGCAUCCUGGCGCGCGCCCGUCGACGCUCAGUCACCACCAUCCUCAUCCUAAACCUAGCGUGUGCCGAUGGCUUCAUCAUGGCCCUCACCAUCUUCUUCAUUGUCUACUUGGCCAAGCAGCAAUGGGUCUUUGGUGACCCCAUGUGUAAAACCUUGUUCUACCUGUGCAACGCCAACAUGUACGCCUCCAUCUUUCUGAUCACCCUGAUGAGCGUGCACCGGAUGGUGGCCGUGAUGUUUCCGAUGAAAGUGUCCUCCCUGUUCAGCAAGAAGUUCGUGACGAGGGUGCUCAUUGGCAUGUGGGUGCUGGUGAUGGUCAUUUCAAUCCCCUCCCUAGUGUUUCGAGAUGUGAGGGAGGACAAAGACGAGAGGAAUAAAACAAGACUGGUGUGUGCGCCCAAACACUCCCGUCCUCAAUAUGUGAGGUUUCAGUACGCCUUUGAGACCGUGGCGGGAUUCAUACUUCCUUAUGCAGUCAUCAUAACCAGUUACGUCCUCAUCCUGAGACGCCUGAGGCAAACCAAGUUCCGUCGUAACAUCCGCAGCGAGAAAUUCAUCCUGGCUAUUGUGGUGAUGUUUGGCCUUUUCUGGCUUCCGUACCAUGUUAUCAACAUGAUACAGGUGGCAGCUCAGUGGUACAGUGAGACUACACGAACAAGAGAAAUAUUGGAUCAUAUCAUUAAGUCCAGUCGUGCGGUGACCUCGGCUCUGGCCUUCAUGAGCAGCUGUGCCAAUCCUGUCCUCUACACCUUCGCUGGGAAGUCCUACAUCAGGCAGAACGGCCUCGCCUUCAUGGCUCGACUCUUUGAGGGCAUUUCACAGGAUCAAACAGGGACUAAAAAGAGUCGGAUUAUGGGUAAAAUAGGACUCAGUACCGUUGACACCAAUCACAGCUCAGGAGCUUCUGGUUCACAGACUGAGACAUGAGUGCUGAAUGAACUUUGUGCAUAAAAGAGAGCACUCUACAACGACGCACAACUACACUUACGGCAACAUUUGAGCUGUAUUUAAAGGACAGGUUUACAUUUUUUCAAGUCAGGUGCCCAAAUGAACUUCGAC